AUGUCUAGUGCAACCGCCAAGCAGAAAGCGACCGCCAGCGAUGACAAGCUCACUCCACGUCAAGUCCUAGCCGAUGUGGCCUAUCUGCACCAUAUAUUCGGGGAUCUGUCGGUUGGAGAAAUGGACAUUGACGACGUCGCUAUCUACAAGAAGGAACGCGAACAUCUACGCCUUAAACUUCAUUGCGGCCUGUCUCUCCCUACCAACAACGAUUCGGUGUCUUUUGCAGUACCCGACGCGCUGGCAGCAGCAGCAUCUAGCUGGAUCGAAGCCAAUCUCAAGACCCCUCAGGAAGCACCUACCAAGAAGUACAGCCCCAUAGUCGUCAGGAUGGUGACUGAUUCCAUCUACAACCCAAUGUACAACCUCCCCGACAAACUCCCCAACGGCAAAACGGCAAUCGAAGUUCAUGUGCCAGUAUUCCUCUGUGCAGUCGAAAUGAGCAUGGAGGCCCUCGAACUCUUCGCUCUCAAGUUCAUAAAGGCCACUCUAGCUAAGGACGGGCUCACACCUGAGCAGCUGAGGAAUCUGGUACAAGACUAUGGGCUGUUCAAAGCAGGGCUCUGCCAGAAAGCGGUGACAGUACUUCCGUACCACAAGGUCAUGUGCACUUUCGCCACUCAUAUUGUUGCGCACGAAGAAGACUUCGACGGAACCGAUGUGUACGGUGAUCUGUCGCUUACUACCAAAGGAUGUCUGGGGUAUUACACCAACCUUGUGAAGAAGGACGUAAAGACAACCAUUCGUGCAAUCAAGAAGGAUAAGGCUUCAAUGGAUAUCCGCAACGACAACGAGUCUGUUCAGACAUAG